AUGGAUUCCAAAGAGGCUGCUCGGCUGAGAUGGCGAGAAACCUCGAACAAUAGAUGGGCGGAGGAGCGGUCGCGGGAACACGACCCGGAAAAGCUGCGAAUUGUCGAGAAAAUGAGUCGGGCGAGACGCAAGGCGACCCCUAGCGCCAAGGGGAUGUUCAAGGCUGGCCGAGGCUCAUAUCGCUUCCUCGAACCCCUUGAGUACCCCAUGGUCCUGAUGCCCAAUGGUGACGGAAGAUUUAUGAUCUCAUACAAAACGUUCACCGAAGUGAAAAAAGACAGCCUUGUCGAAGUCAGGGAGCUAUACAACCGUUGGGUCCGGGUGUUUCGGGUUUACCAUCCGGGCAUUACAGAUACAGAGCUCCGAGAUACGGACUCCUCAAAAUUCCAGGCAUUGUUCUGGGAUAAAUCCACCAUUGACUUCGGCUUCAAUCUUCUUGAACUCAAGGAGACCGACUCGGUGGUUCUAUUACCUCGUGAUUAG